CAUGGAUAGAGGUGGACGCCGGUGUUCAAAUCGAGCGUACCCAGGAUAGCGGGAACUCGGCGGGGUUUAGGACCCGGCGGGACGCGCGGUACAAUAGAGCCGUUGUGCCGUGGUGGAGGAGGAGGACAGAUCGCAGCUCUGGAGAUUCCCACUGAGGGGGGGACACACGAAAACCAUCCUUUAACCCGCAGCCGGGAGCAGAGCCCCUGUUUUCUGAGUGUGUGUGUGCGGCCGGACGUGGCGGGACUGAAGCGGACAGCGCCGCGUGUACUGGAGGAUUGAAGUUAAGCAGUUAAGGGUUUAUUUUCUAUCAGAGGAAUCCACUAGCAUGCUUUUCAAUUUGAAAUUUAUGGAUGUUACAGGAUGAAACGUAUCAGGUCCUCAAGCAGCAGCGACAGUUCUGACAAUGAGAGUCCCUCAACUUCCUUCUGCUCGUCAAACAAGUAUGGCAGCAAACCUGGAACCCCCGCCUCCAACCCUAAGAAACCGGCUGAAGUGUUCAGAAAAGACCUGAUCAGUGCCAUGAAGCUGCCAGACUCUCACCACGUCUCCCCGGAGGACUACUACCUGCUGGCAGACACCUGGAAGCAGGAGUGGGAGAAGGGAGUCCAGGUGCCUGCCAGUCCAGACACCAUCCCCGAGCCGUCAGUCAGGAUUGUUGUGGAGAAGCCCAAGGAAGUCCUGUACACCCACCAAAGGAAGUACAUUCAGUGCUCUUGUCAGGAGUCAACGGAACCGGGUUACGUCAACAUCAAAGAGCUGGCAGAGGCCAUGUGUCGCUACGAUCUGGACGACAUGGACCUCUUCUGGCUGCACGCGCUCAACCGAGAGCUUGACCGCAUGGGGGAGGAGCCCAUAGAUGAGCUGACGAUGGAGCGCACCAUGGAAGCCCUGGAGAGGCAGUGCCAUGACAACAUGAACCACGCCAUCGAGACGGUGGAGGGUCUGGGGAUUGAGUACGACGAGGACGUAAUCUGCGACGUGUGCCGCUCCCCGGACAGCGAAGAGGGGAAUGACAUGGUGUUCUGUGACAAGUGCAACAUCUGUGUGCACCAGGCCUGUUACGGCAUCGUCAAAGUGCCUGUUGGAAACUGGCUGUGUAGGACGUGUGUCCUCAGCCUCGACCCGCAGUGCCUUCUGUGUCCCCAGAAGGGCGGUGCCAUGAAGGCAACACGUGCAGGCACCAAGUGGGCCCAUGUGAGCUGUGCCCUGUGGAUACCAGAGGUGAGCAUCGCUUGUCCUGAGAGGAUGGAGCCCAUCACCAAAGUCUCCCACAUCCCACCCAGCCGCUGGUCUCUCAUCUGCAGUCUGUGUAAACUGAAGACCGGUGCAUGUAUCCAAUGCUCUGUAAAGAACUGCACCACUCCUUUCCAUGUGACAUGUGCCUUUGAGCACAGCCUGGAGAUGAAGACCAUCUUGGACGAAGGGGAUGAAGUCAAGUUCAAGUCUUUCUGCCUCAAGCACAGCAAAUCUAAAGCCGGGGAGGCCAGCCUGAGCCCGGCACGCUCCAAACCCCCCAGUGAGGUGGGGAAGGUUGGCCAGCGAGCGCAGAGACUACAGGAGCUGGAGGAGGAGUUUUACACCCUCAUCCAGCUGGACGACCUGGCGCGGGCCCUCGGGCUCUCUGAGCGCUUGGUGGACUUCAUCUACCAGUACUGGAAACUGAAGAGGAAAGGGAGCUUUAACAAAGCUCUGCUGCCCCCUAAUGAGGAGGAGGAGAACCUGGUGCUGCAGCCUCAGGAGGACAGCAUCCACACACGCAUGCGGAUGUUCAUGCACCUACGACAGGAUUUAGAGAGGGUGAGGAAUUUGUGUUACAUGGUGAGUCGGCGGGAGAAGCUGAAGCUGCUGCAGAGUAAAUCCCAGGAGCAGAUGUUUAACUUGCAUGUGCAGCUAAUGAACCAGGAGCAGUCUGCUGGCCUUCCUGCUUCAUUCGCAGUGGAGAAUACACUGUUCCGUCCUCCUCCGCGGAUUACUCUAAAGCUAAAAAUGCCCAAAGCUUCAAAUCUUGGAAAUGGAAAUUCCAGUUCCAAAUCUGGUAAUGGGCCACUCUGUCCGGACAAUAGUGGGAAUGUUACAGAAUACACAGGUGAGGGGCUGGGUCAGGGGAAACCUCAAAUGCAUGGCCGCGGUCGGAGAGACGAGCGCUCCAACGGCCGUCUGGCUUCCUCGAGCCACUCGAACAACUCAACGCUGCCUGUUAAACCAACUGGCAAACCAUUAUCCCUACACGCUGCACUCCACGGCCACUCGUCCAACAGCAAUGGCAAGCUGGACCAAGACCGAGCAAGGUCUAACGGCCUCCUAGAGAAGUUUGCGUCUCAGAGGGACAACUCCUGCCAGACUCCCAGUCACCAGAACGCCUCAAACGACAAGAGCAGCUUUCGUAAAUCUGCCAUGGAGCACUUCGGCAGGUCAUUCAAAGAGGCGACCAUUAAUCUGGUACGGACCACAGAGGACCUGAGGGCCUCUGACAAACUGUCCCGCAAAGUGUCUGCCAAGGAGAGACUGUGGGCUAAACCUGCGUCUGAACACAAGGUGAAAAGCAUGCGAUCGUACCAGGAUAGUGACGGAUACUGUCCUGACCUGGAGCUCAGUGACUCAGAGCCAGAGGCCAAAGGGAGGCACCAACGGCAGGUUGACACUCCAAGGGAAGGGGUCAGUCGGGGGAAACAGUCGCUGGGCUCCCGACACCCCAUGCAAAGGUGACCGCUGUAUUUUUUUGUUGUUGAUUUAGUUUUUUUUACUCUGCUCACUGCCACUGAUCUCCUCCUGACCUUCUGGCAGUCUUCCUAAGUGCCAGGCUGUCUCUCUGAACACAUUUCUAUCAGGGACCAGACCAAGACCCAGCGCUCACGGUGCUGAACACACGAACCAGAAGAUAUUUGAUGGGUGCUGUCGUCUAUAAUAACCCAGUAGAGUUCAUGAGAAGCGUAGUUACAGUGUUGAUUUACAGAACAAAUCUGUCUUCUGAGAUUAUCAUGCUUGCCUUUUGUUUGUGGCCAGCAUCACAUUUUGUACUCGGCACAACUUUGUAUUAAACAGCCCUGUUCCCCUGUACACAGGUUCAAUCUGCCUUUGACUAAAACUGUUGUACAUAAGUUGUUCAAAUUGGGUAUGUAAAUAUUUCGUAACUGAAACACACAUGUUCCACUUAAUUGCUCCUUCACUGUCACUGUGGCCAGAAAUUAAAACUGGAAUGGCUAAUGGGAAUCCUGUAGAGAACUCCAGCAUGUACUCUACCUGUUUCCUCUUGUUUUCCACAAAGGUGAUAAACUGACAUGGUGACUUUUUUUACACUUGUCAAAUAGUGGAGUCAUGUUAUUCUAAACAUGAAUGCCUUUGUGUAGGAUUAGACUUUCACACAGUGAGUACCUUCAGUUUUUGCAGGUGGUAAAACAAUCAGGUUCUUGCCUAUAAGGGAGGAAAUACCAGGAAAUAUAACUACAUCCAUCGGGAAUGACUUGAAACUUGAUGCAUUAAGGCAAAGACUGAGUGCGGCUCUUGGAUCAGUGGCUGCCAGAUUUGAUUUUCCUCAGAUACUAAUGAUGAUCAGCCUUCAUCAUCACAAUUGUUUUUUGUUUUUUUUAUUGAAAAUUGAGGAGCUUUGCCAAAUAUGAACCAAUUUUUACUACAAAAACUUUAUUUUAUUUAACAAAAAAGCCAAACUUCUCUAAGGCGUCUUAAUAAAAGCAGCUGUACAAUAACUGCCUAAAAAACAUACAUUGUAAAAUUUUACCAAACUAGGAGUUAAAGCACUAUUGCUUCACAGCAAGAAACUGGGGUUACAUUUUAUUUCUCCAAAUAAUUUAGCUUCCUCCACAAUCCCCCUCCCAAUCACAUGCAGGUGUAGGUUAGGUUAACUCUUUAUUUGACUGUGGGUGUGAAUGGUUGUUUGCCUCUGUAUGUUGGUCCUGUGAUGCUCUGUGGACCUGUCCAUGGUGUACCUCAGGGUCUACCCCGCAUCUCGCCCAAUCUCAGCUGUGAUUGGCUCUAGCUCCCUCAUAACCCUCAAAAGAAUAAGCUGUAUAGAUGAAGAAUAAAAUAAAAACCAGUCCUUAUGCCUCCAUGCAGGCGACAGCUGUGGAGACAUGUUUCCAUUUUGUCCGACCCUCAGACCCAUUGUUGUGAGCACGAUAUCUCAGGAACGCCGUGAGGGAAUUUCUUCAAAUUUGGUAAAAAUGUUUACUCACUCGAGGUUAAACAAGGUUCUGGAUUUGUUUUUAAGGUCACUGUGACAUCACAAUGUUGAUAACCAUUUUGGCCAUAAGAAUUACAGCAGAAUGAUCAUGGGUGCAGGGAGCUCUGGAGGUUUAUGUAAGACAAUUCAACACCAUAACUCUAGGACAGAAUAAAAGACUGUUACCAUAUUUCACAAAGACACUUGUGUAAUAUUUGUUACGUAGCAUUAUUCAGGUGUAAUGUUGGCAAGUAACUUAUUUUUGUUAAAUUUUCUACCAAUAAACACAGUUGAAAUAAACAGUUGCAAAGUGGCUGUUACACUUGAGUUGACCAUUCAGGACAAGGCUGAGCCAGAUCCCCUUCUCAAAAGAGAGAAGAGGAAGCAGGUGAAACUGAAUCUGUUUCCUCACCUCUAACACUAACAGAGCAGAGAGGUUUAUGCCAGUGAAAAUGAACAGAAGUAGACACUACAAGUUCCAGAAACUUAAUAUGCUGAAGUGAAACAUGGUUUUCACCUCUGACCUAUGCUACUGUCAUCAGUUCACAACUGCAUUUCGUGUGUCUGUGUGUGUGACUUCCUUCCUGUGCAGCAUCAACAAACACUGUCAAUGCAUUUUUGUUCCGUUCGCCUUCUCAAAACAAAUUGUCAAGACUGACGUGGAUUGUAAAUUGUAAAACAGGUGCACAAUUCAACACUCACACGUCCAACACAUUUGUUUUCCACAAAUAAGGGCCCACAUAUGCAUUUGAACAUGCUGUGUUAUAUUUCUCCAUUGGAAAGUAAUGUUUUUAAAUAAAAUGUAAAUUAAAUAAUCGUGUUCUUUGUGUAAAUAGAUGAAUUUUAUGAAAGUG